AUGCACAAAGUUGGGCUCACAGCCUCCUCGGGAGCUAGUCAGAUCGACGUCGCGGGCGCCGUGACCAAGAUGUUCCCAUCUGUGGUGGCUACGCUUGGAUAUUCUCACAACAAGACCUAUGGGUUAACUGCACCGCCGUAUGUCCUCUGUGUAGUUGGGAUGAUCUUGAAUGGAUUUCACUCCGACAAGAAACAAGAGCGCUACUGGCACACUGUAUGUCCGAUGGCUAUAUGCGUUGUGGCUAACGUCAUAGCUGUCGCUACAUUGAACACGUCCGCACGCUACGUUGCGAUGAUGCUGAUGCCGGGAUAUUUCUACGGGCCAGCCGUUGUCGUUUUUUCUUGGGUUACCGGAACACUGUCGCAGCCCUCCAUCAAGCGUGCCUCCGCAAUUGCUUUGAUCAAGGCAAUCUGCAACACUCCAAAUGUGCGGGCCUCAUCUCUCUAUUAUUCCAAGCCACGGUAUCUGACCGCAUUCUUGGUCAAUCUUGCCGCAUCUGUUUUGGCUAUAGUUCUCGCAACUGCGACAUAUAUCUACCUACAGCGCCAUAAUAAUAAGGCUGGUCACGGCUUCUACACAGGGCGAAAAGGCCCAACUCUAGCCCAGAUUGCUGCUGGCUUCCGCUAUGUGAUCUAA